GUCCCGUGACGUCAGCAGCGCGCGGCCAUGGCUGCUCUGCCCGCGCGCCGCCUCCUGCCGCCGCUGCUGCUGCUGCUGGCGCUGCCCGCGCGCUGCCGGGCCGGGGGCUGCCGGGGCCUGGGCCCGCGGCCAGGUGAGGGUCGGGACUCGGAGGCCUGUGUCCUCACUCUGCAGUUGGAGCAUUCGUUUGAGCCGGACGACAGCAUCCACUUCCGGAAGCGGGGGACCCUGCUCUGGAGCCCGGCGCCCGAGCCCAGCCUCUCCCUGAGCCAGAAGCAACUGUGUGAGGAGGAGCGCGCCAAGCUCAGGGAUGUGGCGGCGCUGAACGGGCUGUACCGGGUGCGAAUCCCGCGCCGGCCCCUCGGGGCCGUGGAGGAAGCUGGAGUGGAGUACGUCACCUCCUUCGUCCGAGCGUGCUCGCUGGUGGACUCCCACCUGUCGGACCGGCUGACGGUGCACACGGACGGGGCAGGGAACGUGAUCGGCGUCUCCAUCGUCACCGUGCCGGGGUCCUGCCACGGCGCCGAGGUGGAAGACGUCGACCUGGAGGCCUUCAACACCACGGUGCUGUUGCAGCAGCCGGUGCCCGCGGCCGUCCCUGAAACUGCAGCGUUCAUCGAGCGCUUGGAGUUGGAGCAGGCGCAAAGAGCCAAGAACCCGCAGGAGCAGAAAUCCUUCUUCGCUAAAUACUGGAUGUACAUAAUUCCCGUGGUGUUGUUCCUCAUGAUGUCCGGCGCGCCCGACGCCGGGGGCCAGGGCGGAGGCAACGGGGGUGGAGCCGGCGGCGGGGGCAGAUGACGAUCGCCCUGAUGCUGCGGAGCAUGGGGCGGGGGGGGGCCGGGGAGCUGCCUGAAUCCACAAAAGGCAGGGGGAGGGGCUGAGCCAGUCGUGCCCUCAGCUCUGGGUGUAGGUGUGGGGCUGGGCCCCCAUGGCGGUAAAUAAAGGCUGACCUGGACCCGC